AUGGAACAACGUCAUGACCUUGGACGGGAUCGAAGUCCGUUUCUGACUAAUCCAUCUCGUUAUAGACGACUGGUUGGACGUCUUCUUUAUCUUCUCAUUACUCGACUAGAUCUUACCUUCUCUGUGCAUCUUCUCUCACAGUUUAUGCAAGCACCGCGAGAGGCACACUGGGAGGAAGCGUUGCGAGUAGUUCGUUUUCUCAAGGCUACUCCUGGUCAAGGCGUUCUUUUUCGGUCAGAUAAGGAUUUGACAUUGACAGCUUACAGUGAUUCAGACUGGAACUCAUGUCCGGUAUCAAGGCGUUCCUUAAGUUCUUAUGUCAUGCUUCUAGGAGGUUCUCUGGUCUCUUGGAAAAAAAAGAAACAAGAUACUGUUGCUCGAUCUUCGGCUGAAGCAGAAUAUCACUCUAUGAGGAAUGCGUUAGACGAGAUUCUAUGGUUUCUCGAGUUACUAAAGGAAAUCGGUUUUCCCCAACAAGGGGCAGUACGUUUGUUUUGUGACAGUCAGACAGCUAUCUACAUUGCGAAGAAUCCGGUUUUCCAUGAACGUACUAAGCAUGUGGAAUCUGAUUGUCAUGCUGUUCGAGAUGCAGUUUUGGAUGGUACAAUCUCUACACCUCAUGUGAGCACACACGAUCAACUGGCCGAUUUACUUACCAAGGCUCUUGGUCGUCAACAGUUUGAACAUUUAGUGUCCAAGUUGAGCAUUGUCAAUCUCCAUGCUCCAACUUGA